UAUAUAAGAGGAAAGCUUCUGGACGCCUCAAGUUCCAGUAAGAAAUCGAUUGUCAGCAGGCAACGUUCAUUCGAAAAAAACAAAGUGAUUACGAAGAAACUAACAUCAUGCGUUAUUUUGCGACACUCAUGGUAGUAGCAUCAUACAUUGCCGUUUCCUAUGCACUUGGUUUUGGUCUACUAGGAGGACUGGGCGGAAAUAGCGGCUACGGUGCUAACAGUGGUUACGGUGGAUAUGGAGGAUACGGCGGAUAUGGAGGAUACGGCGGAUACGGAGGAUAUGGGGGAUACGGUGGUUACAAUCCUGGGUACGGUGGCUAUAAUCCUUGGUAUGGAUACCAAGGCUACGGGGGAUAUGGAGGUUAUGGAGGGUACGGUGGAUAUGGAGGUUAUGGGCCUUUCGAAGGUAACGGGUAUGGGUACCCCGGCAAAUACGGAGGGAUCUAUAAUGCAUAUGGAACAUAUGGUAACAAACCCUACUACUGAGGAAAGUUUAUUCUAAUCAUUCUAGUUUACAAAAUGUGAUAUUUCAAUGCUGUUAAUAAUAAAUGAUUUGUUUUCUAAAUAA